CGUGCGCGGGAGGGGCGGGUAGGGGCGCGCAGGCGCCGCGGGGAGCGUGAGGCCGCGCAGGCGCGGACGGCGUUGGUUUGAAGAAGACCUUCAGCGUUGCCCUGGCAGAGCGGAGCCAGGCCCUCUAGUUGGAGAUAUGUGUAACACGCCGACUUACUGUGACCUAGGAAAGGCCGCGAAGGAUGUCUUCAAUAAAGGAUAUGGAUUUGGCAUGGUCAAAAUAGAUCUGAAAACCAAGUCCUGUAGUGGAGUGAUGGAAUUUUCCACUUCUGGUCAUGCCUACACUGAUACAGGGAAAGCAUCAGGCAACCUAGAGACCAAAUAUAAGAUCUGUAACUAUGGACUUACCUUCACCCAGAAAUGGAAUACAGACAAUACUCUUGGAACAGAAAUCUCUUUGGAGAAUAAGUUGGCUGAAGGGUUGAAACUGACUCUUGAUACCAUAUUUGUACCGAACACAGGAAAGAAGAGUGGAAAAUUGAAGGCCUCGUAUAAACGGGAUUGUUUCAGUCUUGGCAGUAACGUUGAUAUUGAUUUUUCUGGACCAACCAUCUAUGGCUGGGCUGUGUUAGCUUUUGAAGGCUGGCUUGCUGGCUAUCAGAUGAGUUUUGACACAGCCAAAUCCAAACUAUCACAGAACAAUUUCGCCCUGGGUUACAAGGCUGCGGACUUCCAGCUGCACACUCACGUGAAUGAUGGCACCGAAUUUGGAGGGUCUAUCUACCAGAAGGUUAACGAGAAGAUAGAAACGUCAAUAAACCUUGCUUGGACGGCCGGCAGUAACAACACCCGUUUUGGCAUUGCUGCUAAAUACAAGCUGGACUGUAGAACUUCUCUGUCUGCUAAAGUAAAUAAUGCCAGCCUGAUUGGACUGGGUUAUACUCAGACCCUUCGACCGGGCGUCAAACUGACCCUGUCAGCUUUAGUCGAUGGCAAGAACUUCAGCGCAGGAGGCCACAAGGUUGGGUUAGGGUUUGAGCUAGAAGCUUAACGUGGUUUUGAGUAAAGCAUCCAAUUUGUCCCUGGAGGUGAGGAGAACCCACUAUGUUUUGGCCUUAAAAUUCUUCUGUGAAAUUUCAAAAGUGUGAACUUUUUAUUCUUCCAAAGAAUUGUAAUCCUCCCCAUGCUGAAGUCUAGAGAUCGCAAGUCCAUCCGAAGGGAGGUACUUGAAGGCAUGCCUGGAAGUUGUCAUGUUUGUGCCACAUUUCAGUUGAGUUCCGCAGUGUUAUUUUUAAUGUGUUCCUCAGCGACAGUGUAGUGUCAUGUUACACAGGAAAUGACCCGGUCCUCCAGUACAUCACGUCCUGCAUGUCCCACGCCACUUUUUCAUGACCUUUUAAUAUAUUGGUCUCUGUGCUGUAGUGGAAUCUUUGGUUUUGCAUCAGAGUAAAAUAAAAUAAACCCAUCACAUUUGGAACAUAA